AUUUUGGAUUUUUGCACUGAAUUUUAUAAUUUCACUUUUUCAUAAAAGUAUAUAAACGCCGUUCUUCUUCCGCUUUGUGGAUUGUUAGUAAAAGCCUGAGCUCAGGCAGAAGACAGCAGGUCUGUCGGUGCUGUGGUUCAGCUGAAGCUGGGACUCGGUUGUGAGCUUCGUGUUUUAUUCCUCAUGUGAUGAAAGUGUAAAAUAAGAAGCUCCUCAGUUUGGAUAAAUUAUCAGGCUCUCAUGCAGCCAUUAAAAAACAACAACCAGCAAAUGUGUUAAAAAUAAUAAAUCAUACAGUCAUAAAAAGCUAAAUAAAACGAUGGCUGGAGCUGAGAUGGACCCCGAUGUGGCUUUAGGACUGUUUGAAGAAGGAGCCACCUUGGUUCUCCUUGGUGUUCCUGAAGGAACCGAGCUCGGUCUGGACUACAAGACCUGGGGGGUGGGUCCACGUUUCCGUGGCAUUAAAAUGAUCCCUCCAGGAAUCCACUUCCUCCAUUACAGCCCAGCGAAUGCCAAGAGUCACGGAGGAGAACUGGGUCCUAAACGGGGCUUGUUCCUCUCGCUGAAGCCUCGCGAGAUCCUUUUGGCUCACUGGGACAAAAACGAGGAGGAUUUGGACUUCUCGGCGUCGGAGAACGCAGAUGAGGUUUCUCGUGUGAGAGCUGGCCUUCGUGAGCUCGACUCGUUCCUGGGGCCGUAUCCGUAUGACACGCUGAGGAAAUGGGUGUCUCUGACGGAUAAGCUGAGCCCGGAAGUGGCGAGCGCGCUGCAGCCUCUGAACGGACGCGUGUGCGCCUUCUGUGACGUGGUUCCCGAGCUGCAGCUCACACACACCAAAGACAGAACCGAGCAUAACCUGAGGUGGAACGACAUACAGUGCACGAGCAUGAAGGAAGGACUGGAUAGACUUCCGCGCAUGAAGCAGAGAGAAGGAACAGAAUUCCGGUUCUCACAAAUCCCUCAACACCCAUAUCCUCCAGGUGCCACGCCCGCUCAGAUCACACAGUACAGCAUGGACCUCAGCUACGCCCUCAACCUCCUGCUCGAGAACCACUACAAGGAACAGCCACUCAAUGUCCUCGGUGAGCUGCAGUUUGCCUUUGUGUGUUUCCUCAUCGGGAAUGUGUACGAAGCGUUUGAACACUGGAAGCAGCUGCUGCUUCUCCUCUGCAGGAGUGAGGAGGCCAUGAGGGAGCGCUCCGAUCUCUACCUGGGCCUCAUCAGCGUCCUCUACCACCAGCUCGGAGAAAUUCCCCCUGACUUCUUCGUCGAUAUCGUGUCCCAGAACAACUUCCUCACCUCCACGUUACAGGAUUUCUUCCAGUUUGCCGGCUCUCCAGGCGUCAACGCUACUCUACGCAAAAGAGCGGAGAAGUUUAAAGCCCAUCUGACCAAGAAGUUCCGCUGGGAUUUUGACGUCGACCUGGACGAAUGUGCUCCGGUGGUAGUGGAGCUUCCAGAAGGAGUCACACUGGACUGAGCCUGGCAUGAUGUUCUGGAAAAUACCAGAGAGACAGUCAAGUGCUUCAGUUCCUGCUGAGGAGACGAUGAAGGUCCCUGGUUCAUACGUGAACAUGACUGAACUGUUUAUCCUUCAUCGUUGUAAUCAGUGCCUGUAAUUUAAACACUUAGCAGAAAGGCUAAGAAUAAAAUAACGCAACAUCCUACUUUACAAUGGAGCCUCGAGGCUAACAAGUAAUGGGAGCGUGUAGCCAUCAGUUUCGUACAUCUCCUCAAGCAGCUGUAUGGAGCUGAUUAGUCUCUUAGACAUGCUCGUUGAUGUGGUUUCUGACUCUGUAUUACAAUAAAAGUUAUUUUCAGUCCUUUAAA